AUUACGUGCUUUUUGGAAAAAAGGAAAUCAGCCGAAGGGUCGAUCACCGUGCUUGAGUUCAUUCAUCGACACUUCAGACUGCUUGUGUCGUGGUCAUGGCGGACAUUCUCAACAUUUACACGUAGCAGUCAUCGAUCCGAUACCAUGAACCCCGUUUCCCCACUUUCGGGACGGGGGAUGAUAACCCCGAACCGCAUAGACGAGGAUGAUUCAGAGUCCAUGAUGGACUUGGAGGUCCCACAGGGGAACGACAUGACCUUUAGGGCGAUAGUUGUGGGGCUGGGUGUGGGAGUCAUUCUCUGCAUGACCAAUAUUUACUUUGGACUCCAGACAGGAUGGGUGUCCAUGAUGUCCCUCCAAUCCGCACUCCUUGGCUUCGCCAUCUUUAGAUUCAUUCCCAGAAUCCUCCCAACCCUCAUGAUGACCCCUUUUACACCUCAGGAGAAUGUCAUCCUGCAAACCACCGCAGUGGCAACAGGCACCAUGCCCUUGGCCGCUGGACUCGUUGGCAUCAUCCCCGCGCUUGAGAUGAUGAAAAUGGACGUGGACGGUAGACCUCCAAUCGUCCUGGACUACGGUCACUUGGUCAUGUGGUGUCUAGCAGUUGCGUUCUUUGGGGUUUUCCUCGCCUCUCCUCUCAGACGUCAGGUCAUCGUGAAGGAAAAGCUAGUCUUUCCGUCAGGAACCGCGACGGCCCAGCUCAUCGCCCUGUUGCAUAAAAUCCCUCCACCGUCUCAAUCCCUCAAACCCUCCGGCGGAACAUAUAAGCGUUUACCGAGGUCGUCUGCAGAGACAGACGAAGAAUCGUCUCGAGAGUCCGAUGCCAGAGCCAAGAACCACCAGGAUGAACAAGCCAUGGGAGGAUCGGGGUGGCGAGCGUUGGGCUGGAGUUUUGCUGCUAGUGGGGCUAUGACCGUCUUGAGCUUCCUCUUCCCUGUGUUGUUCUCCAUACCCAUCUUCGACAUCUUCAGCAUUCCUUUUGGCACCAGUCUUGCUGCUGGCUGGUUGUGGUACUUCACGCCGUCCCUGUCAUAUGUCGGUCAAGGGAUCAUCAUGGGCUUCCCAGUCACAGUCUCCAUGAAUGCCGGAAUGCUAGUUGGCUGGGCAGUCUUAUCUCCCCUUUCGAAACAUUUAGGCUGGGCACCUGGUCCUGUAGGUUCGACCACAAACGGAGCUCGCGGCUGGAUCCUCUGGGUUGCACUGGCCAUCAUGAUCGCGGAGUCCAUCAUUUCACUGUUGCCUAUUACGCUCGAUCAUCUGAACCGCUGGAUCUCCCACUACAGACAACGUAGUGCCCGACCUGGCGUAUUUCGUCCGGCCUCGCCGGAAGACCGCACUCGGGACGAUUAUUUCGAUCCAGUACCUGAAGAGGACGACCCGGAGCACGAGCCACCAGAACGUCUCGUCCCUGGAUCCUGGGUCUGGUGGGGUUUAGGAGGGAGCGGUAUUCUUGGUGUCGUACUCGUGUGGAUGGUGUUCGGGGCGGAUGGCAUUCAUCCUUGGGCAACGGCCGUUGGACUAAUCCUGGCCAGUAUUUUGAGUUUGAUAGGGGUCCGCGCACUGGGGGAGACGGAUCUCAACCCUGUCUCGGGCAUCGGCAAAAUCAGCCAGCUUUUAUUCGCUGUCCUUCAGCCAGGCAACGUCGUUGCGAAUGUCAUUGCGGGUGGUGUCGCCGAGGCCGGGGCUCAACAAGCCGGCGAUCUGAUGCAAGACCUAAAGACCGGUCAUCUACUCAAAGCGUCACCACGAUCCCAAUUCUACGGCCAAAUGAUCGGGAGUCUGGCCAGUGUGUUCGUAUCUACCGCAGGAUACAAGUUUUACACCUCGGUGUAUACUAUCCCUGGGCCUCAAUUCGCCGUUCCGUCUGCGGGUAUCUGGCUCAAUCUCGCCCGACUGCUGAACAAUGGUCAUCUCCCGGAUCACGUCGUGCCCUUUAUGAUUGCGUUCGGGGCCUUCUUCGCCCUGGCAUCGGCUGCCAAAUCCUUCCGAUCAAGCUUACAGAGUCCCCAGCUUGAUCGCAUGGUGUCAUAUCUGCCAUCCGGCAUAGCGUUCGCCAUCGGAUUCCUCAACGCUCCCUCCUUCUCACUCGCUCGCUUAAUAGGAGGAUAUAUAGCAUACAGAACUGCCAAAGCCAGUGGAACAGGCGAGACACCCCUCUUCGCCAUCGUGGUCGCGUCCGGUUUCGUCCUUGGCGAAGGUGUACUCAGUAUAGCCACCUUGACACUGACUAGUGCGGGAUUUGGGGCUCUGAGUUGUUUCGGAUGUGCAAUACACGGGGGAGGAUAUUGUGCGGGAACGUGUGCAUAGACUUCACUACUAGACAUUGCGCUCGAGCGCAUAAUAAUGUACAAUCCUACUUCGCCAGGCGUGACCAGACAGACAUCUUAGCACAUGUCCUUUGCACUUUGUAGCGG